AUGGAAGCGCGACCUUAUGGGGUUGUCUUCUUACAUAAUCAGAAUCUUAGCCUAGAUCUUGAGCUCAAACACAGCUUAAACCUAAGUCAACGUCCCAUCCAUAUGCCGAAGCUCUCAACUAUAGCCGAUAAUAUAUUUAGGCUGGGACCGUAUCCCGAGUACUCUAUGCUGCUGAACAAAUAUCAUUUCUAUCAAAACUCAAUGCUGUUGCAUUGGGCGGAAAGAAACGCUCAUCCUGUGACUCUUAAGCACUUGGCCAACUAUGGUAAGACAUUGAACAAAGAUAAAAUCAUUAUGAGUGCUAAUUUUGUAAGAAAUGAAAUUCCCGUCCGAUUGGCUUUGAGAAUCAAGUCGUUGCAGAAGCUACCAUUCGACGUGGUGAACAAUUUCCAUUUCGCACAGGUUUAUGAGUGCUACUAUCAUUGUUUCAAUUCGUUCAGAAAAUAUAGUCGGAUUGACAACUUAGAGGAGAACGACAAGUUUUGUGAGUUUAUCAAGGAUACCUUGGACGAACAUCUCACCGUACUGCCACAUCUAAUGAUGGGAGCUCUCGAGAAUAGUAUUUUGAACAGUUUACCACAGAAAGAGUUGGACGAAUUCAUGUCGUCCAUGUUACGCUCAAGAGUUAGUAGAAGGGUAAUUCUAGAGGAACACAUAUCCUUGACUACCAGAUUUCAAAAAAACAAGUCUUCAGAUUCUUUGGGGGAUCUGUUUAGUGAAUGUUCUGCGUUCGAACAGUUGGAAAUUUGCACUGGAAUUCUGAUAAAUUAUUUACGUGGCUUAUACCCUAAUUUGCAGUUGCCAGAGCUGAUCAUUGAGGGAGAGGAUGCAAAGUUUCCAUUUAUGCUCAGCCAUUUACAUUUCAUAUUUGGAGAGAUUCUUAGAAAUUCUUACAAAGCAGUCAUUACGAACUGUUUGCGUAUCAACGAUCACCUAGGAGAAGACCAGUUAAGUAAAAUCAAACCACCUCCCAUAGUUGUUUCUGUUGCCAACAAUGCGAAAGAUGUUGUGUUUAGAUUUUCAGAUCAAGGAGGCGGGAUGCCGAAGGAAGUAUUGCAAGAUAUCUGGUCAUUUGGAAAGUCUCCGAAGAAAGCACAGGUUUAUUUGAACACUUUCCAUUCAUUGCCAGGAUUAGACCUGAAUCCUCACUUUCAAGUCAAAGACUCCUUCAGUGGUCAGCACAAAAAACAGCCACCUCUUGAUGGGUCUGCCAACGCCUUACUCAAGAAUAUCACUCACAUGGAAGAAAUAGUCACCCAAAGAAUGGGAAUUCAAGAUAAAGAAUCACAAGAGGGACUUUAUUCCAGGAAAAAGAGCUUUAUGCGUUCGCUUAUAGCUAGACCAUUUGAUUUGACCUUAGGUGUCAGUUUGCCCAUGUGCAAAGUUUACACUGAUUACUGGAAUGGAGAUCUUCGAAUGCACUCCUUGGAAGGCUAUGGUAGUGACACUUAUCUGCGCUUAAGUAAGCUAGGUUCUUUCAACUCUGAUAAGGUACAGUUGGAUAGGGCUUGA